AAAAAAAACGACCUAAUUAUUAAACGGAAAGUUUUUUGUUAAUAACUUGAAACGUAUUUACUUCUUGUGGCUACUUUCAUGGAAUAUCAUUAAAUACAUAUGAGUCCGUUCACCGCUCACCAUGGCUCCCUUUACCGCUCAUGAUUCAAUAAGAUAUUAUUGGAAGUUCGCAUGGUUUUAUACGAUAUAAAAUAACAUCAAAUGGUAUUUCGAAUUAUCCAGCAUAUUUACUCACAUUUUAGUAGCGGUUUUUAGCGAAAAACAUCUUAUCAAAGAAAAGUGCUCCAUGCAAUUUUAGUUUAGUUUAGCUUCUCGUUGUCAGUCGAUUUGAAACCCAUAUUUUGCCAUAUUAUGCUAAUAAAUAUAGACAGUCUGAACAAAAGCGUGAAAAAGUUGUGAAAAAAGCAGAGCAAAUUUCUAAUACAUACAGCUUUUCGCUUUAAAUACGCAUUGAGAAUUGCUGAUAAGUUUCAAAAAUUAUACUGAAUUUAUACGAACUGUCGGUCGAUUUUUGCAUUGACGUACAUAUAUUGCAACUGAAUAUCACAAUCAAAAUCAAACUUAGCUAGUACGAUUAGUAGCACACUAGAAUUUGCGAUUUAGAGCUAUAUAAGAAUGUAUUAAUCUUAUUAAACAUUGCACUUUGUUACUUUCAGGAUCUUUAAUUGAUCUAUUAUCUGCCUGUUAUCUUUAAAAUAAAUCAAUAAAAUGACGCCACCAAUAAAAUCUGUCGUUAUAGUCGGAGCAGGAACAAUGGGGUCAGGAAUAGCAAUGGUUGCAGCAACAACAGGUCACAAUACUACGUUAGUGGAUAUUGAUCAGUCAUUGCUAGAUAAAGCCCGCUCGCAAAUCGAGAAAAACACCGACCGAUUCGCACGCAAAACAUUCAAAGCUGACCUGGACUCGGCCAAAUCGUUUGUCUCGGAAUCGUUAUCGAAUAUUCGGUAUACUCUUGGGUUGGAAGAAGCAGUCUCAAAUGCGGAUAUUGUUAUCGAAGCCAUCGUGGAAAGCAUGAAAAUCAAGCAACAGUUGUUCAAACGGAUUGAUAAUAUUGCUCCGCCACAUGUGAUUUUCGUAAGCAACACAUCUUCCCUGUCCAUACAGGAAAUGGGAGAAGUUACGAAGCGACAAGAUCGAUUCGCUGGAUUACACUUUUUCAAUCCGGUGCCUUUAAUGAAGCUGAUCGAAGUAAUAAAAACCGAUAAAACUUCAGAGGAAACAUUUGCAACUUUAAUGGCGUUUGGAGGCAGCUUGGGGAAAACGUGUAUCAAAUGCAAGGACACGCCAGGGUUUAUUGUCAAUCGUUUACUCUUCUCCUUGACCUCGGAAGCACAGCAAAUGCUGGAACGCGGCGACGCAACAGCUAGGGAUAUUGACAUGGCCACUAAACUUGGUCUGGGACAUCCAAUGGGACCCUUUGAACUAAUGGACAUGGUUGGAUUGGACGUUACCUUAAGUAUUAUGCAAGAACGUCAGUCUCGUUUCCCUGAUGAUCCGAGAUCUAAACCAAGCCCCAUACUAGAGAAAAUGGUGGCUUCAGGAAAACUUGGUGUUAAAAGCGGUGAAGGAUUUUAUAAUUAUAAAUGAAAGGUGAUUGGGAAAUGAUGAAAA